AUGUUGCACGCUCGUAAACGCACUCUCUCGCUCGACUCCUUGGACUCUGAGCAAUGCAUGGCGAAAUGUGUACGCCGUCAAUGGUCGCCGCAAUUCUCACCGUCCCCGGUUCCGAUGAAGGUCGGCUCUCUCGACACAUCUAUACUUUCGGCUCCUUCCACGGCUACAUCGAAUUCCGCAUCGUCUCCUCAUGGGCCUUCACCUCUGCAAUGUUCAAAUCAGCCAGAGCCAUCACUCUCGGCAUCGCCAUCUUCGUCAUCAUGCUCUAUAUCGCAAUCGUCUCCAUCCUCGUCAUCAUCUAGCAUAACGCCUCCCUCAUCGUCCAAGUCCAAUGCCGUCUCUGCUUUGCCACCGCCUAUUGAACCACAGACCCUUCGUUUUUUGGAAGAUGCUGGACCAGAUGAUUUACCUUAUGACAAGGAUGCCCGUCUCACAGCGCGUUACCAGGAUGAUUUCAGGCGGAUCUGGUCUGGAAGCAUGCUCAUUUUUCAAACCACGACCGGUAUCUACGAUCUCCUUGUCCGCCUUGGUCUCUGGACAGGAACCAGGGCAGAGAAGACUCAGCUAGGGCGUGAUUUUCCAGACAUGAAACACGUGUUUCGCAGAACCAUUACUACUGGUAACCUGCGCGAAAUCUCUACGCACCCUGCCUUUUUCAACCCAAUACACUCCAUCGUUGACGAUAUUAUGCAGUGUUGUGAUGGCAUUUUCCGAGAGAUUCGGGAUGGCGCCCUUCCAUCCACUGCGAUUGCUCGGCUGGUGGCAAUUAAUCCACAAGUCAUUGAUAUUCUUAAGGACCUCAAUAGUCCGACUCAAAGAAGCAGCAUGAAGCUUGUGGACGAGCUCUUUUCUAAGCAACGACCAUACAUCACGGCGUCGUCAGCUAGAAAGACUUGCCUCUUAUAUCAGGGUCUUUCCCAGUACUGGGGUCUUUACUUCUCUUUCUCUGCGACCAUCCACGACGAUGAGGGCAGUCUUCCGCCACUAUCUUCCGAUCUCGCGUUUGCCAUUAAGCUGCUCAACAGCUAUGCUCAAUCGGCUACAAAGUCAGCCGCCAAGUCGCCCUCCGAGGUCGCCAGAGUCUUCUACGCUCUCUACCUCGCCCGUAUCCUCGUCCUUCGUCACUUCUUAGACAACCUCCCAUCUAACCUUUCCGAAAGCCAAGCUCACAAAGAAUGGCUCUACUUCCAACUUGCGCCGCCACGCGCGCCGUCGGGUAUCGAUAUCUUCACGGCCGUCCUCGAAGCUAUCAGUGGCGGAGAGCUCAAAGAUCUCCGGCGCUGUGCGGAUUGUACAUUGACGGGUUUAGGUUGGAGGAACCAUAAAUGGUUCUCGAAGUCCUUCGACACUAUAUACCGGAAAGAAGGAGCAUAUGUUGAAGUUCGAGAGGAUGGGAUCCCCCCGCUGUAUAUCGUCAUCGAUGAGAUCGAGACCCCCAUUCAUCAUGACCAUAGCGGGCUAUUGCCACCAAUGAUCGGGACUGGUUGACGUGUGGACCAAUAUAUACAGCUGUUGUAGAUUUCCCUUUUCUUCGUUACCACUUAUUUAUCAUCUAUCCUUGCUUCUCUGAUCUCUUUUUGUGCUCCUUUGUAUCAGCUCUACAAGUCAC